GGCAGAGACCAGAAGAGGGCAGCAGCAAUCCCAGAGCUCUGGGAACAUGGGGAGAGGCUGUGGCUGCCCUCAACCUCCAUCGCUUAUCCUGCCCUGUCUGGGCAGGGCCUGGCUGGCACUGGGCUGGAGCCUCAAAUACCCCCUGCUCCUUCCCCUCUUCACCACCUUUGGGUAGGGGUUUAAGUAGCUUGUUAUCUCCCUCCAGCCUGCUUCCCCCCACCUGUGAAAAGCAGCUAAUUGCUUAAUUUAUGAGUCAUUAGGCUGGGAAUGAGUAGCUAACUGCCUUACUGACCAGUCAUUAAGCCACCCAUUGUUUUCCUCUUUAGUCCCUCCAUCUCUCUUCUCCAGUGUCCAGUAACAGUCCCCUUUCUAUAAAUGUAAUUUAUUUCUGGUGGAAAUAUUUUUCGUGUGUGUGUGUGUGGUGAAAUCAAUGUUUAUCAGUUUUUUUUUUUUUAAAUUGAAUCCUGCCAGGCCUAGGUAUGUUCCAACCAUCAACAUGCAUCACAUUGUCUACAGCCCCAGAGGAUGGGAUAGGAGAUGAGCAAAGCCAUUCCUUGGUCGUCUAGCACUGUUUUUCUAGUAUGUAGGCACCCUCUGUGCAGCCGUCCUUCAGGAAAGGUUGAGAGAAGUAGAUCUCGAAACAGCUUUAGCAGCGGCACCAACUAAUCGGAGGUUGCUGGAAGCAAGUAGCUGCAGUCCCAAGAGAAUCUCUUCUCCCAGGAACCAUGUACAGUAACAAAUGCACAGCUCCUCCAUUGCGUUGUGCAAGGCUGAUGCAGGUUUUGAAAUCGGAUGGAAGGAAGGGGAGGGUUGAAGGAGCUGCUCAGAAAGCAGGGGGGAGCAGUGUCAUAAGGAGAUGAGGAAAUGAAAACAGGAGUCAGCGUGUCCAGUAUAGAUCCUGUCACGGCAGCUGCAGCACCCUACAGCCGACAACAUGGCCAAGCACAAAGCCUGUCAGGAGCUAAGUGACUACCCACGGGAAGUGACUCUCUCCACCCUGAGGCUCCGAGUGCUGCCUCCUACUGUCUUGUGUGACACCUCGCUGGAAAGUCUAAACCUGGACCGCAACAAGCUGAAACGCAUCCCUGGGAUCUCUCAGCUCUGCAACUUGAAGAAGCUGAUAUUGUCCAAGAAUGAUAUUGCUGACUUUCCAGAGGAAAUCCGGAGUCUCGUCCAUCUGGAGAAGCUGGACCUGAAUCAGAACCAAAUUCGGGUCAUCCCGGAGGGGAUCUUUUCCUGUCUUCUUAAGCUGAAACACUUGCGGUUGAACAACAACCGUCUUAGUGACCUCCCCAAAGACCUGGCCACUUGUCAAGGCAGCCUCCAGUAUCUCAAUCUCUCCAACAACUUGUUCCAAGACAUCCCCCAGGCUGUCUUGAAACUGGCAAGUUUGCAGGACUUCUACAUACAAAAUAAUAUGCUGCACCAGCUGCCCGUUGGGCUGUUCACUGGGCGGCCACUGAAAAUGUUCAAAGCAAAUGGGAACCCUCUGAGGGAACCUCCCGGUGAAGUCUGCGCUGGGGGAAUCCAGCAGAUCCUGAGCUACUUCAGCCAGCUUCAGACAUGCCAGGCACAAGAGGACCGGAGGGUGAAGACUAUGUUCCUGGGGGCCUCGCUGGCAGGGAAAUCCACUAUCUGCAAGAGCCUGCAGCAGAGACGAGCAGUCCCAUUGUCUAAGGAAGCGCGGACCAUUGGGAUUGAGAUCAGCGAGUUCCGCAUUCAGGACUUCACGUUUCUUUUCUGGGACUUUGCUGGCCAGCUGGAGUACUACAUGACUCACCAUGUCUUCAUCACCCCCCAGGCCCUCGUCAUCCUAGUCAUUAACUUCCAGCAGUACCAGCUUAAUGACAAAGUCUUCAAGGAGCUUGUUGGUUUCUGGAUCAACAACCUCUUCAUGCGAAUCCCAAACUCAGUGGUCCUCCCAGUGGGAACUCAUAUAGACUGCUGUGAUGAGGGGGAAGUGGAGGCAAAGAAGCAGGAUGUCAUGAACAGGAUCCAGGCCAUGCUGGAGGAGAGGAGGACAAGUCUCAUCCACUUCAUCAACAAUCUGGAAGACAGCGAAGAGUCAGAAAUCUAUGUGGACCAGUGGAACAGACUGAAGGAAACGGAGAGCUGCACCUUAACUAUUUUAGAUCUGAUUUCCGUCAAUUGCACCGAUUACCAGGACAUUAAGAAACUAGAAGCUGCCAUUCUGGGACAUGUACGGAAUGAAGAAAUAUUCCCUAACGUUAUCAGAAUGCUGCCCCCGGUCUACAAGGAGGUGGAAGCUGCCAUUGUGGAUAUUGUGCAGAGCGAGGGGACAGCAGAACACAGCAUGAUGGACCUCAAUCUCUUACUCAGUGAACUUGCCCAGAGAGAGAACCUGACCGGCCUUGGCAGAGAACUUCUCCAAGACGUCCUGAGGUACCUCCACCACAUUGGACUGAUCAUAUGGUAUGAGGAAGUCAAGCAGAUGGAAAGCAUGGUCUUCCUCCGGCCAGCCUUUCUGAUAACCAUGUUCAAGAUCCUUGUUAGGUAUCACCUUGUGCAGCAGCUAGAGAGCAUCUCGGUGGACACACUGGUGGGGGAACACGCAACCAUCAGGGACCAAUCCAACUGGGUAUGGACAUUCAAGUCAAAGGCUAUGCUGUGCCAGCAGGCCAUGCGUGCCUUAGUCAAGCACCAGCUCCCCUUGGAAGGGAUGGAGGAUGUCUUUGAGGAGAUGAUGGGGCGCAAGUCCCAGAAAGGGAAGCUGUUCAGCCUCCUGGAGCACUUUGAGAUCUGCCUGGAGGUGAGGAACACCGAGAAGCUCAACCCAGCAGCCAGGGAGUUUGUGCCUGGGAAGCCGUGGGAAGUGACACAGGGCCACAGUGAGGCCUGUUACUUGUUUCCUAUGUAUCUCAACCACAGCAAGGACGUUUCUGAGGUGUGGGGAGGAGAUCAUGCAGAAGAUCUCCACCUACGGGCCUACUUCUCACCUGAAGUCCCAGAGAGCUUUUUCCAAAGACUCAUGGUGAAAGCUUGCUCCUUCUAUUCCGCCCACUGGGUCGCAAAGAUGAUGUGCCUGCUUGUGUGCAGUGGCAAGCCUUUGUUGAUCAAAGAGAACAACCAGAAGGGAUACAGUUAUAUUGAACUCCGCUGCAGAAAGCCGGCAGAAAGGAUAGAAUUCCGGAUUACAUGGGACUUAGUCAUGGCGAUCGUCUCCAUCAUCCGGAAGCUCUCGGAUGAGUGGCCUGGGCUCCAUAUAUGCUUGAAAACACCUUGUCGCACUGCGGUGUGUCCUGCAGAGUUUGUUUGGCCGGACCUGGAUGGCAAGUCCACAGUGACCAAGGAGGACAUUAAAACUUGUGGAACAUGUAGCCAUCAGUUUCGGACAGAGCUGCUUUUACCCAAAGUUUUGAGUGACGUGGAAGCUCCCCCUGCUCAGCCUGCUGCCCACUACUAUGUCACGAGCUAUGGAACGACAACCUUUGGCCCCAGCAAUGUCCACGUCAGUCGCCAGAACAUCUUGGAUGAAUAAUUGGGCCAGCCAAGGAAAGACUGCAUGGGGAGAAGACUGCCCUGUAGUCAAAGCCCUUGGUUCAUUCGGGACCAUGUCUCAUGCACCUUGUUCUGCAAGAUGUCUGCCUGUUUAAAGUGCAUGUCAAAGCUGAUUUUGCAAUAAACACUUUCCACCCAUAGCAGGAUUACAGACAUGUCAUUUUAUUUACACAAACGCAUGGAAAAAAUGCACAUGUUUAGCUAUGCUGUCAAUAUGGCAGAAAAAGCAAUGCUAAAAUAAUUCCCCCCCCAUGUCAGCAGCUGAUGUACAGGAGAGGUUUGCUCUAUGCAGAAUAGAUACAAGGUGGGGGAAAAAACCCCUCAGGUAUAAAUUAAAACUAUGUACAAAAACUAGCACACCAAGUGUGCUAUUGCAAUGAUUCUCCCUCAUUAGACAUCAUCAACAGGCUGUCAAAUGUGUGAUGCCUUCAGCAUCGUAUGAUGGAUCCAAAGCCAAGAGAGUCCCUUGAAAUGGUUUAUGCUGGACUUUGGAUUGAGGCCAUGUUUCUUCAAUUGAUUCCUGAUGUUCACUAUUGUCCCCCUCAGAGAGAGCCAUGAGUUCUAGGUCUGCCAACUUGAUGCUGGUCUUUUUUUUUCCUUGAGACCCAAUUCUGAUGUCAGUUAGCAGCUGAGACUACUCAGACUCAUGCAGAAUCUGGACUAGGCCUUCAGUGACUAUUAGCCACUUCCUGAUUAACAUCAUCAAAGGCCACUUCCGUAGAUAAUAUAAGCCUCCCUUGAUCUCCAUGGGGCUAUGUCAGUUGGAACCAGUUGAAGAAGGCCUUUUAUUCAAGUGUAUGGGAGAAAGCAAUAACUAAAACAAAUUUAUAAAAGUACAGUACCAAACUUUGUAUUUAUAACACAAUAUUGAUUUAGCACCUCAUGGUGUAGUGCAGAUGCUGAGCCAUGGGGUCUGAUGGCCUCGCCACAAAAAAGCUGGUGCUUUUAGUGUCCUUGUAUUUCUUCCAGUCCCUGGCCCAGAUCUUAACAGAAGGAUAAUAGAGGUGUAACUCAUACUCCAAAUUGGGUACAAAAAAGAAACUCCCUCUGUUUAGGAUAUUGAAGGUGCUCAAGUAAUUUAGGUGCUUUCUAACUAGAUAGCUUACAAAGUGAAUUUAGCUAAAUAGACCCUGCUGCUUCACAUCAAACCAUGCUGGCAUUUCAUGCUGACAGCUAACAGCCUGUCCCCACUACAGACUAAAAUACAGCAGUCUCCGCUGCACAGUUCAUGUCCGUAUAGAUGGUUGUCAACAACCAUGUAGUUGCACUGAGAUUUGACAAUCCCACAGCCCCUCUCUGUGCAAAAAAUGAGUUUCUAAACCAUGUUUGCAGUAGGGAGACUGUUUUACCUCCCAUCUCUGCAAAUAAGGACAACAUUGCUUUGCACCAGAGUAGAAAUUCUGCACCAGAGUAGAAGAGCUCCUCGUGCUGGACUGAUGCAAACGUGGCUGUGCAAUGUGGCCUGUAUGGACAGGUUAACACUAAUAUGCAUGGAGUUGAGGCAGGAUCUGCAAUAUAGCUAGGGCCUUUUGUUCAGAUAGAAAAAAUUGCUGUAGAACAUAUUUGGAACAGGGACACCAGUGACUGUGGGGUCUAGACUUGCUUAUAUCUGUUACCUACAGCCAUUGCAAACCUCCCAAGCCAAAUUCAGAGGACCUGGAGUGUCACUGGCUGCCUCUCUCACUAAAUCUCUCUAGAUUAUUAAUAGAGUUACAACCCAUCAGGGUGAAAACUACCUGCAGCUUAGGUAAGCAGUCAUCUCCCAAUAAAAGCAUUGGCUGGGCUGCAGGGACUGGAAGGACCACAUGGCUGUAUCGUGUCAUGAAAUAGGACAUCAUCAAAAAAACCUGAAACGACCCAUUAAACAUUUGAGUCGUGAAUACCCGCUCCUAGAAGAUCCUCCGCCCAGAGACAGAAGAGCUGCUGCUUUUCCAGAAGAGUUGAUGCAUGUGGCCAAUGAGGUAAGAAGCUGCUGUCAACCUUGCUCAGCUCACCUGUUCCUCUCCCACUUUCCCCUGUAGCUGUCCCUUUCCAUCUCUUCUUCCUACUUUUGAGGCAAGCAGCCCAAUUUCCAAGGUGCUUUGCAAGCUUUAGGGCUAAUUGUUUUUCCAUUUGUCAUGGACUCUAAACAGAUCAGAUUCUCUCCCCACCCCAGGAGCUUUUUUGUAUUCCUAACUGGAACAAGAUGGGUAACAGCAGCAGUUGGUGUAGAAAUGGGAUCCAUUCCUAGCCAGCUGGAAAAGAGCAGCUCUGGUGUCCCAGUCAGACAAGAGGAAGGCUGAGGCCAAUAGCUCAGGGGCUGAGCUAAGACCUCUAGCCCAUUAAGGAAUGUACAGGAAUAUAAAGGAAGGGACAGCACAGCUCUCAAGCCAGAGGCUUCUGACCAUGCAGAUAUGGGUCCCUUAAUUCAACCACUGAACAGAAACCCAGAAG